UGCGCGCGCCCGUGUGUGUGUUUGCCAAGGCUUCCAAAUCUCUUUCCUCAAAGGUUCGAAAUUGCCCUCGGCGACCGAAAACACAGCAGUCCGUGACGUAGGUUUGUUUGUGCAGUACAAAAAUCCUUCAAAGGCAUCGCGCUACGUAUAGAUUUUCGUCGUCGCCGUCGAGUGAGCCGAAAAUUAUCCGCGAAGAGAAGUGCGUGUGUGUGUGUCUGCUUGAAACGCAUUAGCUAUGGAGCCACAAAGCGGCGGCUGGCAUCCGCAGGAUGACGGAUCCUACGAGCAGAUGCGGGCCCCGAAAGCCGCAGCCUUCAGUCUGUCCGUGGCCGCGCAGCCGUUUGUGCCAAGAGGGAAGCAAACGGUGCACAGCCAACCCCAACAGCAGCAGCAACCGCAACCCCCGUUCGGCACCUACGCAGCACCGAUGCAAUCGCGGGGAUCGCAACUGAAUCAGCGGAUGGAACAGGCCGCCUCCGGUGGCUCGGUAGGGGAGCCUGUUGGCGGUGGCGGUGAUUAUACGGUCUAUUCCGGAGGCGGUGGAGCCAACCACAUGGGCAACUAUCAUGGAAUGAUGAUGAACGGCAAUGACGCGGUCAAGCAGCCGUCGGGACUGGUCAGUCGGCUGAACAAUCUAACCAUGCGAGAUCGGCCGGACCCGAAGCAGGAAUUUAAUCACCAUCAGCACCACCACCAGCAGCCACCGAUGCACCAUCAGCAGCAUCAUUUGCAGCAUCAGCAGCCGCAGCAACGUCUUCAGCAGUAUCAGCAGCAGCAGCCGCAUCAGUUUAAUCACCAUCAGCACCACCACCACCAUCAGCAGCAGCAGCAGAACCAUCACGGCCAUUCGCAACUUCCGCAGCAGCUGCAGCAGCCGCCAUACGGUGUUCCGUACGGUGUCGGCCACUCGAACGCCAUCAACAACCAACUGAACCAUCCGAUCCUGGGUGCCAAUCUGGGAAUGGGUGGUGAAAACCGUAAGCACAACAACGGCCCGUCAGGAGGACAGCAACACCGCUCCCGGCAGCAACAGCAUCAUCAUCACCAGCAGGGCCACCAUCAUCACCAUCAUCAGUCGAUAGGUGCUGGUGGUGGUGGCGGCGGCGGCGGCAAUGGUAUGAUGGCCGGUGGCGGCAUGAUGGGUGGUAACGCCGGGAUGGGAGAGUUCAUCGAUGACGUGCAGACUUCAGACGAGCAGGCGUACGUCCUGGACUAUCUGACCGAGGUCAUUGCCGAGCUGUACGACAAUCCCGGCAUGUUUGAGGACGUGAAGCAGAAGCUGCCGAAAAUGUUUUCCGAUUACCGCGCAGAUCGCUACGUGCUGAGUAACGCCGUGGAGAUGAUUUUCGAGCAGUCUAUCAAGGAGUCGAACUUCCGCUACAUGGGUGCCCGCCUGUGUCAACUGCUGGACAGUUUGGACGACAGCCCCAACAGUAUACUGCGUGAGAUGUUCCAGCUCAAGAUGGAGGACCAGCAGAACGAGCUGAUGCAGCUGAAACACGAUCAGGCCAAGGUGCGCGGCACCACGCUCUUCCUCGCCGAGCUGUACAUGCAACUGCGGACUCCGCACCAUAACUUGACGAACGAUGUCGCCGGGCGCAUCAUUGCCGCAAUCGAAAUCCUGCUCCAGAAGGGAGGCCCCGAAAACGUCAAGUGUGUCUGCCAAUGCCUAAAGCUCUGCGGUUUCGAGCUGGAACAAGACUGCCGUGAGGAUGUGCUCAACAUACUGGAAAAGUUGCGCGGCAUGGAAAAGAAGGUCAUGUCGUCGGUGGUUCCGCUCAUCCAGUCGGUAAUGAAACUGCAGCAACAAUCCUGGGGACGCAGCGAAGAAUUAGUACCCGUUGCUCCCGUGCCUGCCAUGCCGGAUCCGAUGGGGCCGGGUGUGGGGCUCCCGUUGGGCUUGGAGUUCCACGAUAGCCCGGUGUUCUACGGUCCCGAUGGGAAGGUGCUGUCGGAGGAGGAAAAUUCGUUCCUGGAGACCAAUCUCGCCAGCAAGCGAUAUGCCACCCUCAAUGGUUACGACGACGACGAUGACGCGUACGACGUGGUGGACGAUCAGGAUCCGGAGGUGCAGCUAGCCUUUGAGAAUUUUGUCGCCGAAAGCAACAAUCGGCAGCAGCACCAUUAGUAAGUUUGGUGCGCCCUCGGUGUCCGUCCUUCCACCGAACCCCCGGAGAAGCUGUACGCUGUCUGCUCUGCCCCUUCCGACGACGACCCGGCGAAGACGACGGAAACCCUUUCACACUGCAGCGGAGAGCGAGGGAGACAGAGAGAGAGAGAGAGAGAGAGAGAGAGAAAGAGAGUGGUGGUGCAUGCUGGCAAAAAAGAACGGCGAGACGAAAAAACAAACGCCAGGAAAAAAGUAAAACAAAACACAAAAAAACGGUAGCAAACAACAAACUAUAUCCAACGUAAAAAAAACUCAACACUUAUACAUUCAACUUCUCGAUAGAAUAGAGUGAAAAAAGUUUAGAAAAUCGUGAAUUAUGAAGCAGUAACAAGCAGAUAAAAGAACAAAAACAUGCAAAAAAACAGUAACAAGGGCGCACGUUUAGCGAUAGAGACACCGAGAGAGAGAGAGUGUGUGUGUGCGCGUGUAAUGUGUGUCGGAAUCGCAAACAAGUCAAAUGGCCAGCGCCGGUGUAACGGAGCUGCGGAACGGAAUGCAUUUUUAAUUUGUUUCUCGAAAAAGCUGUUUUCUAGGAUUUGUUCUGAGUUCUCAUU